AAACUGAAACAAAGACGGAGAGACCCAUACAUCUCGCGUCCCUGAAUGACGACCAGCCCUCUUGUCCGGCAAUGCGUCAAUCUCCUCCUCCACUCCAAGAACUCCUCAAACCCGCUUCCUCCCGCCAACGCCGCCCAGCUCCACGCCGUCCUCCUUACGUCUGGGUACCUCCACUACCGCAGCCUUGGUCUCCUCUUCUUAUCGUACUGUGCCUGCGGCCGCCCCUUCCAUGCCCACAACCUGCUCUCUCAAAUGUCUCAUCCACCCUCGGUUUCCUUCUCCAACACCCUCCUCCGUUCCUACACCGGCCUCGGCUUCCACCGCGAGGCCCUUGUCCUCUACUCCCAGAUGCGCGCCUUCGACCACCUUACCUUCCCCUUCGCCGCCAAGGCCUGCGGCGGCCUCCGCCUCUGCCGCCAUGGGCGCGCCGUGCACUGCCGCGCGGUCGCCGCUGGCUUCGGCGGUGACACGUACGCGCAGAACUCUCUAGUUUCCAUGUACAUGAGCUGCGGAGACGUGGUCGCGGCGGAGGCGGUGUUCGGCGCGAUGCAGAACCGGACAGUCGUGUCGUGGAAUACGAUCAUUACCGGGUGCGUCAAGAACGGCCGCGCAGAGAGGGCGUUGGAGGUGUUUGAGAAGAUGGUGGGUGGUGGCGUCGGCAUUGACCGUGCCACGGUUGUGUCAGUGCUGCCAGCUUGUGCGCAAGCCAUGGACUUGAGCACCGGAAGAACCGUGCAUCGGUUGGUUGAGGAGAGUGGCUUGGGGGCCUAUGUCGCUGUGAAGAAUGCAUUGAUCGACAUGUAUGGUAAGUGCGGGAGCUUGGAGGAUGCAAGGAGGGUGUUUGAUGACUGCAAAUAUAAUAAGGAUGUUGUUUCUUGGACGGCAAUGAUUGGUGCGUGCGUGCUGAAUGACCGCGCUGGCGAGGCCUUGGCUCUUGGUUGUGAGAUGCUGAUGACCAGUGAAGCAUGGCCCAAUGGAGUGACCAUGGCGUAUCUGCUCUCAGCUUGUGCCAGCUUGCCGUCAGGGAAGCAUGCCAAGUGCACGCAUGCGUUGUGCAUUAGACUUGGGCUUGUAUCAGACAUUGUUGUUGAGACUGCACUUGUUGACAGUUAUGCAAAAUGUGACCAUACGAAGAUGAUAGAGAUGAUGGUCGAGAAAGGAUCGCGACGGACAGAAACGUGGAACGCAGCAAUCUCUGGUUAUACUCACAGAGAACAGGAGGAGAAAGCUAUACAGCUGUUUAAACGGAUGUUUGCAGAAUCAGUGCGCCCAGAUUCUGCAACAAUGGCAAGCGUCCUCCCAGCCUACGCAAAAUCCGCGGGCCUGGUACAAGCGAAGAACAUCCACUGCUGCUUACUGACUCUCGGAUUUCUUGGGAGUACAGAGAUUGUCACCGGUUUGAUCGAUGUGCAUGCCAAGGCCGGUGACUUGGAGGUGGCAUGGGCGCUGUUCCAGUGGUUACCUGAAAAGGACGUUGUUGCGUGGACUACGGUUAUUGCCGGGUAUGGCAUGCACGGACAUGCCCGAACUGCCAUCCUGCUGUAUGACAGGAUGGUGGAGUUGGGGGUGAAGCCGAACGCUGUCACCAUCGCAUCCUUGAUGUACUCUUGCAGCCAUGCUGGCAUGAUAGAUGAAGGCCUUCGGCUGUUCGACGACAUGCGUAACGUCCAUGGCCUGAUGCCAAAUGCCGAGCACUACUGGUGCCUGGUUGACAUGCUUGGGCGUGCUGGGAGGAUCGAGGAGGCGUACCGUCUCAUUGAAGACAUGCCAUUCGAGCCGAGUACCUCAGUGUGGGGUGCUCUGCUGGGUGCCUGUGUUCUACACGAGAAUGUUGAGUUUGGGGAGAUUGCAGCAAAGCAUCUGUUGGAGCUUGAGCCCGAGAACACCGGGAACUAUGUGCUCCUUGGGAAGGUAUAUGCCACUGCUGACAGAUGGGGCGAUGUUCAGGAUCUCCGGAGAAUGAUGGCGGAAAGGGGUCUUUGCAAAGCACCGGGAUCUAGUGUAGUUGAUGCGAGGUCUGAAUCGUGCCAGACCUCAAUGCAGUAGAACUGUAAGUCUUAUGCUUGUGCCAAGACAGAGCAAAACGAUUAUUUUAUGUGUAUAUGUCAUCAGUUGGGAAAGCCGUAUCAAA